GCUUCCGCUAGGCAGGAUGCCUCUCUGUCUCUCCUUGCCGAUACCGCUCGCUGUUUUAUUUUUCUACAACUCUAGACCUGUAACGUCCGCAGGAAUAAAGGCGUUAAUGCCGCUAAUGUACUUCGGGGUCUGCUAGCAAAAUGUAAACUCAGAAUAGGCGGGGGUCUAGAUCAGUGUGUUCUUCUUCGAGUACUUUUUAAAAGAGAACAGUGGCUCUUUGCAGGUCUAUACUUUGACUUGUAAAUUUUGCUAACCUUGGGUCUUAGACUGCAAAACAACUUGGUAGUGUUUAGCUUGCAUCAGGGAAUAGCCAGGUUUCUCAUUUGUUAGCCUAAUGCUGGUAGCCUUCAGUUGUGGCCAGGUAGAGAGGGGCCCUUCAACCUUAAGAUUUGCCUGGAAGUUGGUUUAAGAACAGCAAUACUCUUCUGUCUGUAGAAAACACUGCAGUGAAGGUGAGGCUCUUAGGCUGUUACUUAGGCCCAUUCACAUAUAAUGCAUUUAUCAGGGCCUUAUUUAGCAUUGCUACUCUUAGAUUUCUCUCUCAAAUCCUUGUAGCUAGCUAAUACAUAUGCGUUUAUCGUACCUGCACAUUUAAAAUUUAUGAGGAGCUUGUCUUUGAUGAUUCCUCUCCAAACACUUCUCUAAUGCAAAGUUCUAUCAGAAAGAAUUAAAUAAUCUGUAGCUUAGCUAUAAAUAUAUAUAUACACACACAUAUAUAUAUAUAUAUGCAUAUAGCUAUCUUAUAUAUCAGUUUAUGUCUGACAUGCCUUCUCAUACUUAUUUGUAUUCAAGUUGUUUAUGCUAUAAACCUAAAUUUCAUUCUGUUUUAUUACUGCUGCUAACAGUAACAAAUUGUUACUUUGCAGAAUAAAGUCUGUAACCUUUUCAGGAUUUAAUUCAAUACUUAAAUAAAACACUGAGCAGGCAUUUUCUAAUACUUUUGUACUGUGCUCCCAUUUUACAACUGGAAAAAAAAAUUAUGAGGGCACCUUUCUAUCCAGAAAUACAAAAGAAUAGCAGUGACCCCUUUCCAUUUAUUUAGGCCCUCCAGAUGAAGAGCCUGAAGUCUGAACAAAUGUUUUGGAAUGGUUCUUGAAACCUCUCAAGUACAGCAGAAAAUGUGUGCUUUUUAAAAGGAACACUGACAAAAUGAGGAGAAAGAAUCAAGGUUACUUUAAUAAUGUAUUACCUUUUGGACCAAGCUGAAUUACAGAUGGCUGAAGCUGUUGCUCUUGUGGAUACCCUUCAGAACUGGACAAUUUUAGAUAAAAUAAUUAUUCCUACAAAAACUCCUGAUAAGAAGUUCAUUUUUGGCAAAGGAAAUUUUCAGGUUUUGACAGAAAAGAUUAAAAAAUUGCCCCAUCUGACAGCUGUCUUCUUGAAUGUGGAAAGAAUGUCUUCGUUAACCAAGAAAGAACUGGAAGAUGCCUGGGGCGUGAAAGUUUUUGACAGAUACACAGUUGUGCUUCAUAUUUUUCGUUGCAACGCCCGGACUAAGGAGGCAAAACUUCAAAUAGCAUUGGCUGAAAUUCCGCUUCUCAGGUCAAAUCUGAAAAACGAGGUAUCUCAGUUAGAUCAGCAGAGAGGUGGAUCAAGAUACAUCAUGGGCUCAGGUGAGACAUUCAUGGAGACACAGAAUCGUCUCUUGAAAGAAAAAGAACUUAAAGUUAGGAAUGCCCUGGAGAAGCUAAGAAGAAAAAGGUCUAUACUUAGAAGUCAACGUAAAAGACGCGAGUUUCCGAUUAUCUCAGUAAUGGGCUAUACUAAUUGCGGAAAAACCACCUUGAUCAAGGCCUUGACUGGGGAAGCAGGACUUCAACCUAAAGAUCAGCUGUUUGCCACUCUUGAUAUUACAGCCCAUGCUGGCUCUCUGCCCUCACGUAUGGCAGUUAUUUACGUUGACACAAUUGGGUUUCUGUCUGAUCUUCCCCAUAAUCUGGUUGAGUCCUUCUCAGCUACAUUAGAAGAAGUUGCUUACUCAGAUCUGAUAGUUCAUGUGAGAGAUAUUACUCAUCCAGAAGCUGUCCUCCAGAAAGCAAGUGUUCUGUCAGUUCUGAAGAAUCUUAAUCUUCCCAGCCACUUAUUGGAAUCAAUGGUAGAAGUUCAUAACAAAGUGGAUUUGAUAGAAAGGUAUAAACCCACUGAAGAAAGUGCUCUAGCCAUUUCUGCUUUACAUGGGCAUGGCUUAGAAGAGCUGAAAGAAGAAAUAGAGAAAAGAAUUUUGAAAGCAACGGGGAAGAAGAUUCUGACAGUUAAGAUCAACUUAGAGGGACCUCAGUUAAGUUGGCUAUAUAAAGAAGCAACAGUUCAGGAAGUAGAAGUCACACCUGAAGAUGGCACAGCCAGUGUGAAGGUGAUAAUCAGUAAUUCUGCCUAA